AUGAGUAAAUUUGCUUAUUCGAGCGCUCCUUUGCGCACAGUGCAAGAGGUCCAAUUUGGAUUGCUCUCUCCCGAGGAGAUUAGAGCUAUUUCUGUUGCCAAAAUAGAGUAUCCUGAGAUCAUGGACCAAACAACUAAUAAACCUAGAGAAAAUGGAUUAAAUGAUCCUCGUUUGGGUUCGAUUGACAGAAACUUCCGGUGUCAGACCUGUUCCGAAGAUAUGCAGGAAUGUCCAGGACAUUUCGGUCACAUCGAGCUUGCCAAACCAGUUUUCCACAUCGGUUUUGUUACAAAGAUCAAGAAAGUUUGCGAGUGCGUUUGCAUGAACUGUGGUAAAAUCUUGCUGGACGAGGCCACCAACCCGCAGUUUGCUGCGGCAACCAAGAUCAGAGACCCAAAGAAAAGAUUCAAUGCAGUCUGGAGUCUCUGUAAGACGAAGAUGGUUUGUGAGGUCGACCAGCCCGUCGACGAUGGUUCCGGCCGUGUGCAGCAUUUCAGGGGAGGAUGUGGUGCCAGUCAGCCAACAAUCAGAAGAGACGGUCUCAAGCUUUGGGGUUCUUGGAAGAAAUCCAGUAAUGACGACGAUGGAGAUCAGGCUGAGAGAAGACUCAUUAAUCCUGCCGAGGUGCUCAACAUUUUCAAGCACAUUUCUCCAGAAGAUUGUCACAAGCUGGGUUUCAACGAGGACUACGCCAGACCUGAAUGGAUGCUGAUCACUGUGCUUCCUGUGCCUCCACCUCCUGUCAGACCAUCGGUUGCUUUCACUGACUCCAAGAGAUCAGAGGAUGACUUGACAUAUAAGCUAGCAGAUAUUUUGAAGGCCAAUAUCAAUGUGCAGAGAUUCGAGAUGGAUGGAUCUCCGCAGCACGUUAUCAGCGAAUUCGAGGCCCUUCUUCAAUAUCACGUUGCUACUUAUAUGGAUAAUGAUAUCGCCGGACAACCUCAAGCUUUGCAAAAGAGUGGAAGACCAAUUAAGUCCAUCAGAGCCCGUUUAAAGGGGAAAGAAGGUCGUCUCAGAGGAAACUUGAUGGGUAAGAGAGUGGAUUUCUCUGCCAGAACAGUUAUUUCCGGUGACCCUAACUUGGAUUUGGACCAAGUUGGUGUUCCAAAAUCGAUUGCAAAGAUUCUUUCCUACCCAGAGAUCGUUACACCUUACAACAUUCAGAAACUUACCGAGUUGGUUGCAAACGGUCCAAACGAACAUCCUGGUGCUAAGUACGUCAUCAGAGACUCUGGCGACAGAAUAGAUUUGAGAUUCAACAAGAGAGCCGGUGACAUCCAAUUACAAUACGGAUGGAAAGUCGAGCGUCAUUUGAUGGAUAAUGAUCCGGUUUUGUUCAAUCGUCAACCUUCUUUGCACAAGAUGUCGAUGAUGGCGCACAGAGUGAAAGUGAUGCCUUACUCGACGUUCAGAAUGAAUUUGUCUGUUACAUCGCCAUAUAACGCCGAUUUCGAUGGUGAUGAAAUGAACUUGCACGUUCCACAGUCCUAUGAGACCAGAGCCGAGCUUGAGCAAAUUUGUGCGGUUCCCCUGCAGAUUGUUUCGCCUCAGUCGAAUAAGCCAGUUAUGGGAAUUGUUCAGGAUACACUUUGUGGUGUCAGAAAGAUGACUUUGAGAGACAAUUUCAUUGAGUACGACCAAGUGAUGAACAUGUGUUUCUGGAUACCAAACUGGGAUGGUGUGGUUCCUCAACCUGCUAUCUUGAAGCCAAAGCCUUUGUGGACGGGUAAACAGGUUCUUUCGAUGUGUAUUCCUCACGGAAUUUUCUUACAAAGACUGGACGGCUCGCUACUGUCUCCGAAGGAUUCUGGAAUGCUGAUUGUGAACGGUGAAAUUAUGUUUGGUGUUGUGAACAAGGCAACAGUUGGUUCAAGUGCUGGAGGUCUUAUCCACACUGUUUUCCGCGAGAAAGGACCUCAAGUGUGUGCUAAGAUGUUUGGUAAUAUACAAAAGGUUGUGAAUUACUGGCUUCUCCACAAUGGUUUCUCUAUUGGUAUUGGAGAUGCUAUUGCAGACUCUGACACCAUGAAGACAAUUACAGAAACGAUCGCCGUUGCCAAAGAAAAAGUGCAGGAAGUGAUCAUGGACGCGCAAAAGAACUUGUUGGAAGCUGAACCUGGUAUGACGGUUCGAGAGUCUUUUGAACAGAAGGUUUCCAAGUUAUUGAAUGAAGCCAGAGACUCUGCUGGUAAAUCUGCUGAAACCUCGUUGAAAGACUCCAAUAACGUCAAACAGAUGGUGACUGCUGGUUCUAAAGGUUCUUAUAUUAACAUUUCCCAAAUGUCUGCCUGUGUGGGUCAACAAAUCGUGGAAGGUAAGCGUAUCAAUUUCGGUUUCGCUGAUCGUUCUCUGCCUCACUUCACUAAGGAUGACUACUCUGCCGAAUCGAAGGGUUUUGUUGAGAACUCUUAUUUGAGAGGGUUGACUCCUCAAGAGUUCUUCUUCCACGCGAUGGCAGGUAGAGAAGGUUUGAUCGAUACUGCUGUCAAGACUGCCGAGACUGGAUACAUUCAGCGUCGUUUGCUGAAGGCUCUUGAAGAUAUCAUGGUUCACUACGAUGGUACAACCAGAAACUCUUUGGGAGAUAUCAUCCAGUUCAUCUAUGGUGAAGACGGAAUUGACGGUACACAGGUCGAGAAGCAAACUGUGGACACGAUUCCUGGAUCCAACGAGGCAUUCGAGAAGAAGUACCGCGUUGACUUGAUGAAUGUCGAGACUUCUAUUCGUCCUGAUUUGGUUGAGUAUGGCACAGAGAUCAUUGGUGACAUUGAAAUUCAAAAGUACUUGGAUGAGGAGUUUGAGCAACUUCUUGCAGACAGAGAGUACCUUAGAAAGGACUGUUUCACCACCGGUGAGAAUAACUGGCCAUUACCAGUCAACAUCAGAAGAGUUAUUCAGAACGCACAACAAAUCUUCCAUGUGGACCAAUCCAAGGCCAGUGACUUGCCAAUAAAGGAUAUUGUUACUGGAGUUCAAGAGUUGACAAAGAAGUUCAAGGUUGUUCGUGGACAAGGUGAGAUCUUGUCUGAGGCUCAAGAGAACGCUACUCUUUUGUUCCAAUGUCUUGUCCGUUCGAGACUUGCCACUAGAAGAGUCCUUGAAGAGUUCCGCUUAAACAAGGAUGCGUUCGAGUGGGUUCUUGGUACUAUUGAGCAACAGUUCUUGAAGUCUUUGAUCAACCCUGGUGAGAUGGUUGGUGUCAUUGCUGCCCAAUCGAUCGGAGAGCCGGCUACCCAGAUGACGUUGAACACAUUCCACUAUGCUGGUGUGUCUUCGAAGAACGUCACAUUGGGUGUUCCUAGACUGAAGGAGAUUUUGAACGUGGCAAAGAACGUCAAGACUCCGGCUUUGACUGUCUAUUUGAAGGAAGAGUAUGCUUCGGAUAUCGAGAAGGCCAAGUCCAUUCAAUCCGCUAUUGAGCACACUACUCUUAAGAACGUCACUGCAUCUACGGAGAUCUUCUACGAUCCAGAUCCACGGAGCACUGUUGUUGAAGACGAUAUCGACACUGUGGAGGCAUACUUUGCUAUUCCUGAUGAGAAGGUGGAAGAGAACCUUCACAAGCAGUCUCCAUGGCUUCUGAGAUUGGAGCUUGACAGAGCCAAGAUGUUGGAUAAGCAGUUGACCAUGAGUCAAGUUGCAACCCAAAUCAUGGAGAACUUUGGAGACGAUCUGUUCGUCAUCUGGUCUGAAGACAAUGCUGAGAAGCUUGUGAUCAGAUGUAGAAUUGUUCGUGAAGAGAAGGCUCUGGACGAGGAAGAGGAGGAAACCGAGGAUGGUUUGUUGAAGGCUUUGGAAGCUCAAAUGCUCGAAUCGAUUUCCUUGAGAGGUAUCAGCGGAAUUUCAAGGGUCUUCAUGAUGAAGUACGACAAGACGUACAUCGACGAGACUGGAGAUUUCGCCAAGAAGGAGGAGUGGGUUUUGGAAACCGACGGUGUCAACCUUGCCGAUGUGUUGGCUGUUGAUGGUGUCGACACUACCAGAACCUAUUCUAACUCGUUUGUUGAGAUUCUGUUUGUGCUUGGUAUCGAGGCUGCCAGAAGUGCGUUGUACAAGGAGAUUCUGAACGUUAUUGCGUUCGAUGGUUCUUACGUCAAUUACAGACAUCUGGCUUUGUUGGUUGACCUUAUGACCUACAGAGGUCAUCUGGUUGCCAUCUCGAGACACGGUUUCAACAGAAACGACACUGGUGCUCUGAUGAGAUGUUCUUUCGAGGAGACUGUUGAGAUUUUGUUUGAUGCUGGUGCCUCUGCCGAACUCGACACCUGUGAGGGUGUGUCCCAGAACGUUAUUCUCGGACAGCUCGCUCCAUUUGGUACUGGUUCGUUUGAGGUUUACUUGGACGAAGACAAGCUGUCUAUGCUUCCGUCAGAUGCUCCGGUGCAUGCCACAAACGUUCUGCAGACGAAGAACGUUGAUGGUGGAGCUACUCCUUAUGAGGAGGACAACUUCAAGGAUGACUUUAUUGACGUGGAGAUGGAGGACGACAAGGUUGCCUUUUCUCCAUUGAUUGCUUCAGGUGUCAAUGACGACCGCAGUGGAGGAUUCACAGAAUACGGUGGAAUGAGCAGCUAUGCUCCAACGUCGCCAUUCUCUGGAUACGCUCCGACAUCGCCAGGCUAUGGUGCCUCUUCUCCUGCGUACGCUCCGACAUCUCCAAGCUAUUCUCCAACGUCGCCAAGUUAUUCUCCAACUUCGCCAAGCUAUUCACCAACGUCUCCAAGCUAUUCUCCAGCGUCUCCAUCCUACUCACCAACCUCCCCAAGUUACUCACCUACCUCCCCAUCAUACUCCCCAACUUCCCCAAGUUAUUCUCCAACUUCUCCAUCAUACUCCCCAACCUCUCCAUCAUACUCCCCAACCUCCCCAUCAUAUUCUCCAACUUCCCCACAAUACUCCCCAACUUCUCCGUCCUACUCACCAACAUCACCACAAUAUUCACCAACUUCCCCACAGUACUCACCAACCUCCCCACAGUACUCGCCGACCUCACCGCAGUACUCUCCAACCUCCCCACAAUAUUCCCCAACCUCCCCACAAUACUCACCUACAUCUCCUCAGUACUCCCCAACCUCUCCUCAGUACUCCCCAACCUCUCCAAGCUACUCACCAAACAACAACCAGAACUAG